AAGAGAGGAAACGAGUGCAUCGUCUAAAAUCUUCCCUUCCUAAAUCCCCGCCUCUCUCCCUUUGAACCCUGAGCCUGCCAAGAGGGAAGAGGCUGCAGGAUGGUCUUGCAGACGCAGAGAGGCUGUGAGAGGCGACCUCGCACAGAAAUACCCACUGCUCAAGGAUGAAAACCACAGCUAUGAAAGAAGGCUAACAGCUUCAUGCUCCUACCAAGGGAAGUGAUUUCAGAGAUCCAGGAGGAACUGUAUUCCAAUUCUGAACUGGAUUUGGGGACAUGGAGUGUAUGGACCUAUGGGACCCCCCAGGAGAAGGAACAUUACACAUUCCUCAUAGCACCCAGCCUAAAAUCAGAGGAAAAGGAGCAGGGCAGAAGAAUGUAGUUGGAGAAAUCAUUCACCAUCUGUGCCAGCGUUUCAGGGAUGCUCAUUAUGAAGAGGCCAAAGGACCACGGGUGGUUUGCAGCCAACUCCACUACCUUUGCAGUCAGUGGCUGGAGCCAAAAAGGAGAACGAAAGCUGAGAUGCUGGACCUGGUGGUCCUAGAGCAGUUCCUGGCUGUCCUGCCCCCAAAGAUGGAGAGCUGGGUCCGAGAGUGUGGAGCAGAGACCUCCUCUCAGGCGGUGGCCCUGGUGGAGGGCUUCCUCCUUGGCCAAGAAGAAGAAAAGAAGCAGGAAGAGAUGCAGUCCCAGGGACCUUUGGUGGAGAUGAUUGCUGAAUGCCCCAAGGCAACGGGACAUUUCUCUCAGGAGCAGCUCUUGAGGGAAGUUUCCCAGGAAGAUCCAGGUCAAAACACCUUAUCAGGGAACAGGACAUCGUUGGUAUUUGUAGAAUUGUCUCCUCCUGACAGUGGAAGAGAAACCACACCUGUGCUUCCUGCUCUGUGUCCUGUAUCCUUUGAGGAAGUGGCUGUGUAUUUCAGUGAAGAGGAAUGGGCACUGAUGGAUUCUGAGCAGAGAGCCUUGCAUGGGGAGGUCAUGCUGGAGAACUCAAGAAACAUGACUUCCCUGGGAGCUGAUGAGCAGGCGGAUAAAAAUGAGGAGGAGACAAGGAUGUUAUCACUGCAAACUAUCAAGCAAGAAGCUCAGGAAGAGGUAUUUCAAUAUCCGCCAGAUCUAAAAAGACCCGAGAACCACCAGUCCAGUGAUCCAGAGAAGCCCUCUUCUCAAAGUGCAGGAAUUCUUGACUCCCUGACCCAAGAGCAUUGGAAAGAGAGCGAAACAAACCAUUUCCUCAUGUGUGGUGAAAUAGUCAAGGAUGAACCUGAUUUAAGCAAUCAUUACAGAAUCCACAUGGAAGGGCAACUGUGUGAAUACGGGCAGCACCCAAUGAGUCCUGAAGUCUCUGUUAGGUUAUAUCAAAGUGUAGCUGCAGAAAAGAAACAGUACGUAUGCAAGGAAUGUGGGAAACACUUCUGUGACUCUCAUUCUCUUAUGAGGCAUGAAAGGAUCCAUACUGGGGAGAAACCCUAUAAGUGCACAGAGUGUGGCCAGAGCUUCAGUCAAAGCAGUAACCUUGUUUCCCAUAAACGGAUCCACACGGGGGAGAAACCUUUUACAUGCACACAGUGCGGAAAGAGUUUCAGGAGGAGCACUUCGCUCACUUACCAUGAAAGGAACCACACUGGGGUGAAGCCCUAUAAAUGCAUGGAGUGUGGGAAAGACUUCUGCGACUCCCAUUCGCUUACCAGGCACAAAAAGAUCCACUCGGGGGAGAAACCCUUUAAAUGCACGGAAUGUGGGAAGAGUUUCAGUCAAAGCACUUACCUCACUUACCAUAAAAUGAUCCACACAGGCGAAAAACCCUAUCAGUGCAAGAUAUGUGGGAAAAGCUUCAUCAUGAGCAGCUCCCUCACUUACCAUCAAAGGAUCCACACAGGGGAGAAACCAUAUAAAUGCCUGGAAUGUGGGAAGAGUUUCCUUCAGAGCUGUCACCUGACUUCUCAUAAAAGGAUCCACACUGGGGAGAAGCCAUAUAAAUGCAAGGAGUGCGGGAAAGACUUCUGCGACUCCCACUCACUUAUCAGGCAUGAAAGAAUCCAUACCGGGGAGAAACCCUACCAAUGCAUGGUGUGCGGAAAGGGCUUUAGAAGGGGCAGCUCGCUUACUGACCAUGAAAGGAUCCACACAGGGGAGAAACCCUACCAAUGCACAGAGUGUGGAAAGAGCUUUACUCACAGCGGACAUCUUAGUUCCCAUAAGAGCAUCCAUGGGGGAGAAACUAUAUAAGUGCAUGGAGUGCGGAAGGAAUGUUGGUAAGAUCAAUUGCCUUACUUUCCAUAAAAUGAUCAACUUGGAUGGAACCGCAUAAAUGCCUUUGGUGCCAUAUCCCUGCUGCUCUGCUGGUCAUCUAAAGUAUGCCCCUUUCUCUCCCCUGUCCAGUAACGUCUUCCCCUUCCCUCAAAUUGUUAAGGCUACAGGUGGACAUCCAGUGUUGAUACACUCAACUGUUCAGCUCCGUCUUUUGAGCUCUUUCCCCCUGGAGGCAUCUGGGUCCCUAUCAGAUUGGCAUUUGAUAAACUAGCAAUGCAGUGCUGCUGGGCCUUAUGGAUUCUUUUAUUUGUUGGUUGCCUAUGUGAUUUUUUUAAAAUUGGGAUUUUUAACAGUGUGUAUUGUUAAAUGUGUGCUUUGCGUGUGUGUACGUUUGACCCACUCUGCAUCCUUGUCAAUUGGGCUGGCUAUUUUAAAAGAAAGAAAGA